GAGGGGCAGACUUUGAGUAAGACACUCCUCGCUGCACAAUCAUCCAGCUCACCCUCACAGCCACCAUGACCUUCAACGGCAACUGGAAAAUUGAUCGCAAUGAUAACUAUGAGAAAUUCAUGGAACAAAUGGGAAUUAACAUGGUGAAGAGAAAGCUGGCUGCUCACGACAAUCUCAAGAUAACCAUCCAACAGACUGGAGACAAGUUUCAUGUCAAGGAGAGCAGCAAUUUCCGCACUCUGGAAAUAGACUUCACCUUGGGGGUCACCUUUGAGUACAGCCUUGCAGAUGGGACAGAACUAUCAGGCUCAUGGAACAUGGAGGGAGACAUGUUGAAGGGGAUCUUCAACAGAAAGGACAAUGGAAAGCAACUGACAACAACCAGAAUAGUCCAAGGAGAUGAACUUAUACAGAGCUACAACUAUGAAGGUGUGGACGCAAAAAGGAUUUUCAAGAGGGGUUAGAACAAACUCAUUAACACAACUUUAAAGUGAGAUGUUAGACUUCAGGAUUACAUACAUUAUUGUGUCUAAUUAUACCACCAUAACCUGUAAAAAGUGCACUAUUUGUAACGCCCAUAAAGUAUAUGAAAAAGAUUAGAAUUGCACAGGAUUUUGAUACUUGCAUUAAU